AUGGGAUCCAACAAAAUUAUUGAUUUGGAACUUCAAGGUGCAGGAUCAAAGCUUGGCUUAGAAAUCUGGUGUGUAGAGAACCUCCGUUUAGUUUCAGUGCCCCAAUCUUCACAUGGGAAGUUCUUCUCAGGGAGUGCAUAUGUAGUUCUCCAUACAACUUUGCUUAAAAGUGGUGCUCUUCAACACGACAUACAUUAUUGGCUGGGCAACGAUGCUAAUGAGGUUGACUCAACUCUAGCAUCAGAUAAAGCACUAGAACUAGAUGCAGCAUUGGGGUCUCAAUCUGUACAAUAUAAAGAAGUUGAAGGUCAAGAAACUGGGAAAUUUUUGUCAUACUUUAAACCUUGCAUCAUCCCAGUUGAAGGUGUAUAUUACUCAGGCCAAGGGCAAGUACACUCAAAAGCUCCAACUUAUGAAACCAGAUUGUUAACAUGCAAGGGAGAUCGUGUAGUGCAUGUGAAAGAAGUGGCAUUUUCCCGUUCGUCCUUGAACCACCGUGAUGUAUUCAUACUUGACACUGCAUCAAAAAUUUUCCACUUUAGUGGUUGCAACUCGAGUAUACAGGAAAGAGCUAAAGCAUUGGAAGUGGUUCAAUAUAUUAAAGAAUAUAAACACAAGGGCAACUGUGAAGUAGCAGCCAUAGAGGAUGGAAAGUUUGUUGGUGAUGCUGAAGUGGGAGACUUCUGGAACUUUUUUGGUGGUUAUGCCCCUAUUCCCAAGGACCCACCCUCCACUCAAGAACAGCCUCAAAGUUUAUCUGCUAAAUUAUUUUGGAUAACUCUUCAAGGAAAGUUCACUCAAAGUGGAAGUGGGAGGUUGAAAAGGUCAAUGCUUGAGUCAAACAAGUGCUACAUGUUGGAUGCUGAUACUCAAAUUUUUGUUUGGAUGGGAAGAACUACCCACAUAACAGAACGCAAAACAUCAAUCUCAGCAGCAGAGGAUUUUCUUCGUGCUCAAGAAAGACCUGUAAAUACCCAUUUAGCCUUUUUAACAGAAGGUGCAGAAACUGCUAUCUUCAAGUCAUAUUUUGAUGAUUGGCCUCAAACAGUGGCACCAAAACUUUAUGAAGAAGGACGAGGGAAAGUAGCAGCAAUGUUCAAGCAAACUGGGUAUGAUGUGGAGGAGCUUCCUGAUGAAGAUGAAAAGUCACAUAUCGAUUGCAAUGGUACACUAAAGGUUUGGAGGGUAAAUAAUGGUAAAUUGUCCCCUGUUCCUGUUGUGGAACAGAGAAAGCUUUAUAGUGGAGAUUGCUAUACUGUGCAGUAUAUAUAUUCAACCAAUGGAAGAGAGGAACGUCUAUUUUAUAUUUGGCUUGGAAACAAGAGUUGUGUGGAAGAUAGGGAGGAUGCGAUUUCUCUUACAAGUGGUCUUGUUGAUUCAACUAAAUUUGAGCCAGUUUUGGCUCGAAUUGUUGAGAACAAGGAACCGAGUCAAUUCUUUUUGAUAUUUCAGACGCUUAUUAUGUUUAAGGGUGGUAUGGGUUCUCGAUAUAAAUCAUUUAUUGCUGAAAAAGGUCUUGAUGAUGAAACUUAUGAUAAUAAAAAAACUGCCCUUUUCAAAAUUCAAGGAACAAAUCGUGACAAUAUGCAGGCUAUCCAAGUUGAUCAAGUUUCUCGAUCUUUAAACUCAUCAUGCUGCUACAUUUUAAAGGCUCAUGAUGGAUCUAUCUUCACUUGGCUAGGAAAUCUCUCCACUACACGAGAUCAUGAUCUUUUGUAUGGAAUGUUAGAUUUGAUAAAUCCAACAUGGCAACCUAUAUUAGUAAGGGAAGGUAGCGAACCAGAUGUUUUCUGGGAAACACUUGGUGGAAAGACUGAAUAUCCAAAAGAGAAAGAUAUAAAACGAUUCAUUGAAGAUCCACAUCUGUUUGUUUGUACAUACACAAAAGAUGCGAGUGAUCUCAAGGUGAAAGAGAUAUUCAACUUUACACAAGAUGAUUUAACUACUGAAGAUGUGUUAGUACUUGAUUGCUACUCUGAAAUUUUUGUGUGGGUUGGCCACAAUUCGGUUGUUAAGUCAAAGCAACAAGCACUUUCUAUUGGCUUGGCUUUUCUCAAGAAAGAUGUUUUGGGAGAAGGCUUAUCCAUGGAUGCUCCUACAUACGUUGUUUCAGAAGGGCAUGAACCACCCUUUUUCACCCGUUUCUUUGAAUGGGAUGCUUCAAAGGCAAAUAUGCUUGGUAACUCAUUUGAACGAAAGCUUGCAAUUUUAAAAGGCCAAUCACAGAAACUCGAAGCGCCUUUGAGAAAUUCACCGAAUUUUAACACGAAAGAGACGACUCCAAGAAGACCGUCUCCAACUCCAAACGGGUUUAGAAGACCGUCUCCAACUCCUAAUGGGUCAAGAAGACCGUCUCCGGGACCCGCCCCUAACGGGUUGACUCGGAGACAGUCUCUUGACUCGUACACGAUUAGAAGCACAUCAUCUGAUGCUUUUUCAAGCCCUGAUUUUAAUAAUAAUAAUAAUACCAUGAAAAAUCGUCGAUUUUCUAGUCCUCCAAUUCCCAGAAUGAUCCCUUCAGCAUCUUCCCCUGAUGUUCGCACUAAAACAGAUAAGACACCAAGUCUUCCCUCCAAAGAUUCGGGUCCCAUUCCCAAUCAAGAUGGUGUAAAAUUGGUCAACUAUCCAUACGAACGGGUAAAAGUCAACUCAAAAGAUCCAGUUCCAGACAUAGACAUUACAAAGAGAGAGGCUUAUUUAACUGAAGAGGAGUUUGAAGAGAAAUUCUCCAUGCCAAAAACAGCUUUUUACCAGCUUCCAAGGUGGAAACAAAACAAAAUCAAGAUGUCCCUUUAUCUCUUCUAGACCUUCAUCAUCUUUUUUUUUGUAUGAUUAAAUGCUUUGUAAUAUGAUUGCGUUUGUAGUUAAGCGUGUUUGUGUUUGGACCAGAUGACUAUUAUUUAUAAGUCAUUUGUUGUUUGUAUAUUUUGAUUUGAUGCUCAGGAGAUACCCAAACAAAACCAUGACAAACCAUAAUUAUCCGAGUGAAGUUGAGUCUAGUUAAUUAAAUUGGACGGAUGUACUACUAUUACACAAUAUCGGUGUGUUUUUUGGGUGUAUUAUAUUUAUGCCCAAGUGAUAUAUAACAUUUGAGGGGGUGUUUGGGAUUGCUUA